GCUGCCUGGGGGCAAGAUAAAGCGUGUAUUCGAGUUUAAUGUUUUGCGUGUUGCGCACAAUAAUAAAAAGAUGGCGGAAGAAGACGAGAUAGAUAUUUUAGGAGAUUUUUCAUUUAAUUCUUGUCUGGCUCAAAAUAACCAAGGGAUACCAUCCUGCUCGAACCGUGAAGAUACUGUGCAUCCUCAGUGGCUCCUGGACUCAGUGUCUACGAAUUGGUAUGAUAACCAGACUAAAGAUAGUGCUAGACUUCAUUUCAGGAUGAAGGAUGGACCCUCACGAAGACUGACAGGCAACAAGUUAGAAGAGAAACAUAAUGGAGAAGUUCAUACAACUUGGAGUCAAAAUGAAAGAGAAUUACUAGUUAGAGAAAUGGCAAAGUAUGGACGAAAUGUACGUAAGAUAUCACAAAUGUUGAAAACAAAGACUGAGGCAGAAAUUCAAGCUUUAAUUGAAGCAGAGUAUGGUGUCCACCUGGAGACUCCAUCUUUUGGUAUGGAUAAGCACGAAGACCAUGAUGGCACACCCACUGCAGUACAGGAGGAAAUUGUUACUGAUGAAAUACCCAGUGUCUUAGACAUCGUCACAACGGGAAAACCAACGGUACCUUCACCAAAAAAGCAUUUUAGAAAGAAAACAUACAAUACAAAAAAACUUAGCCUACUAAGGCCAGAUGCAUUAUUAGAUAGCAAAAAAAGUGAAAUAUCCAUAAAUCCAGCGGAGAUAUUUUACGAAGACGACAUGAUUAUAGGUUCAACAGAGUCAGUGGGAUCAGAUAUGGAUUCUGUGGAUAUUUUAUCGCAGAAGAUGGCAAAACAGCAAAAGGAGAAGGUUAAGGCUAUGAAGAAGAUGGGAAACCACAGGAGAAAAGUGUCAAAAAACUAUGAUAGAGGGAAAAUUUAUAAAAGUAAGGAGCUGUUAAAGUCCCCUCUGGGUCGACAGAGGAAAGACUCGAGUCUGUCAGAGGACAGUGUGAAGAGCCCCAAGAUGCAGAUUGUACUUGGGUCAGGCCAAGCCCUGCCUGUCUCUGAAGGGGAACAAGUGAUAAAAAUAGAGAAAAAGAAAGACUCUGAGCCAGAAAGUGAUAUAGAGAUAGACAUAGAUAGUGAUAAUGAAGAAAGAGUAAACAGGAGGAAAGAGGAAAGACUGCCAAAAGAAGAACCAAUAGCUGUCCCGCUGGGGAAACUGCAGCCCGUGCCUAGGAGACAGAAGAGAAUUAACCUGAGCGGCGAUGGUGGCUACACAAUAAUGCAUACGGCGGCGGGCGACCUGUACUCCGUGGCGGCGGAGCCCCGCAGGGAGCGCGUCAAGAAGCCCGCGGACCACGCCGAGCACCUCAUACAGUGCCGCAUGUAUAAUAACGACAAGCCGGCGCCAUACGAGGUGCACAUCUCCGUGUCGUGUCUGAUCGCGAUGGACGUGCACGCGCACACGUCCCGCGCCGAGGUGAUGGGGCUGCUGGGCGGCGGCGCCGCCGGCGGGGCCGUGACGCUGCGCCGGUACCGGCGGGCCGCCGCCGCCGCCGCCAAGAUGCACUGCGACAUGGACCCCGUGUCCCAAGCAAUGGCUUCCGAGUACAUCAGCUCGCUGGGGCUAGUGGUGGUGGCGUGGCACCACUCCCACCCGUCGUUCCCACCUGCUCCGUCCGCCACGGACCUUCACACCCAGCGCGCAUUGCAGGCCGCCCUGGAGCGUGGGACCCCACUGCUGGGCGUCAUCACCUCGCAACACUGGCCGACUGGCCGUCACGCUAGUCAGUACCGUUGCAUCCGCGUAGAAGGCACGGACUCGAACGGCAACCCCACAGGCUACCAGUUCAGCACGCGGCUGCAGCCUGACCUGACCGCGGACAGUCUGCCCGCGUUCAUACAGGAACUGACCGCGCUACGCGACGCCAGCGACAAGAACGAGUACACCGUCCACAUGGGGACGGACGUCUGUCCGCAAGCCGGGGUCACUUACUUGGAGAAGUGCAUAUCAAGCAUAACCCACCACAUGCGCUCGGCCGGCUACGAGGACACCGACCCGGUCAUAGAGCAGCUAACACAGGGCGUACGAGACGUCUUCAGAUAAA